AGACGCCGAACUCCACCCUACUGUGGUGUCUCUAGGACGUUUCUGUGCUCUCUCCCCCCAGCUCCGAUUUCACAUAUCCACUCUUCGAAUUGAAGUAUCUAAACCCCACAAAGGUCAAUGUUGUAUGCAGUCUCUGGUCCAAGCACUUCGAUAUCCUACCGAAGAAGCCUUGAUUACCAUGGAUUUCGUCGCAGGCGUUUAGCACCGGCGAGGCUGUGCGUAUCGGCUUCAUUGCCGGAUGCAAAUGGAAUUAAAGUCGAGUAUACUCCUUGGCUAAUUGUUGGAUUAGGGAACCCUGGAAAUAAGUACCAUGGAACUAGACACAAUGUUGGUUUUGAAAUGAUUGAUCGGAUUUCUCAAGAAGAAGGCAUUUUGUUGAACACAAUACAAUCGAAGGCUUUAAUCGGAAUAGGCUCCAUUGGAGAGGUACCAAUUUUGCUGGCAAAACCUCAGGCAUACAUGAACUUCAGUGGGGAAUCGGUUGGACCGCUGGCUGCAUAUUAUCAAGUACCCUUGCGUCAUAUCCUAGUGGUCUAUGAUGAGAUGAACUUACCAAAUGGUGUUUUGAGGCUAGCACCAAGAGGAGGACAUGGCUAUCACAAUGGACUGAAGAAUGUGAUGGGCCAUUUGGAUGGUUGUCGUGAAUUUCCUCGGUUGUGCAUAGGCAUUGGAAAUCCACCUGGCACCAUGGACAUGAAAGCUUAUCUUCUACAGAAGUUCAGUUUCGAAGAGCGCAAGCAGAUUGAUGCAGCUCAAGAACAAGGGAUUGGAGCAGUGAGGAACCUGGUGCUCAAUGGAUUCAACCACAGUACCACCAGAUUUAAUCUGGGGCAAAAGUACAAGUAUCACAAAGUUUGAAUUUUACAACUCAAGGAAUCCAAACAUUGAGUAGAGAAUGGGGAGACAGCAUCAUUACCUUGUGUUUCCAAAUAGAAACUUCAUAUGGUUUAACCAAUGUUGUAUACGAGAGUAGCAAUGCCUUUUGCCCCUUUACCCGUCACCUCUUAUCACAUAUUCUCUGCAAAGCCUUUAAACCUUUUGCUUUACAUAGCUCAUCUUUAAUUUUCAUGUUCAA